UAAUGAUCAAAAACAUAAAGACAUAUCAUGAAAUUCCUCCAUAAAAGUCUGCCGUGUGCUUGUGAAGGAGCCUGCCGAUCAUCACUCGCUCUCUGUGGUGAACAAGGAAACAAAGUGUUAGAGAUUCAUUGACGUGGAGUGCUACUCGCCUUUCUCCUUCCAUCUUCUGGCUUAUAUCCGGUAAGUUUGAUAGAAGUCAGCUGUGGACUGAUCGGCAGGCGGUUGUGUGUAAUUUGGCGGUUUCUAUGGUGACGCUGAUUGCGCACCGGUGUGCUCGCCACAAAAUAUAUAGGAGAAAAUAGUCUCUUCACCUUAAAAACAAAAUGCAAAAAAUGUAGGCAUUAAAAAAUCACCUUUUACUUUAUGAAACAAAUUACACUUCUAUUUUAAUGAAUUGUAUUAUGCAGUAAUAAACGAUAUGGAAACACUUCAAAAGGUUUUGUCACAAACUCACCUGACAGGCAGUAAUUGCACAAAAAGUAUGCUUUGUUUUCUUAACAGGUGCAGCUUUUAGUAAAGAGCUGUGGCUGUUUUCUUUAUGUGCUUUUUGCAUAGUGCUCUUGUUAGCAGAGGUGGCAAUCAUAUCACACUGUCAAUCCUCCUUCCUCCACUGACUGAACCCUCAUAGCCUUCAGAGAAACAGUUAAAACUACAUAAACACAUCAUGUUUUAUGCUAACAUUGCACAUAUGUAAGAGACAGAUGAUCCAUUUUUGAAGAGGUUUGCCUGUGAAUGUAUUUAAAAUAACGUAAUGUGAAAUUGCAAUUGCUAUACUGUACUUGUGGUACAGUACGCUACUGACAGUGCGAACCGCCGUAAAAACACUACUGCUAUGCGCGACGCGCUGCGGACGCGAAAGACUCACGCGAAUGUUGAAACCAUCCAACUAGUGCGUUUACAUAGAGAAACGGUGUGAAAGUAGCGCUGUGGAAUGGAAAAUCACGUUGUCUUUAUGAAUGGCCGGGCCGGUCACUGUAGCUCACAGCAGCACGCACAUACUUUGUACAGUUAUUAGCGUGUUCUGUAUAGUAAUGAUAACAGGUCGCACCACAACACAUGCACUCACACAAAUGCCCCAAAUAUAUUUUGAGGUCGCACAGGUUAAAUUUAGGGAGCAUAUGCGACUAAAAUGGUUGCAAUUUAGAGCCCAGCACUCCAUAAUGCCAAUUGCGUCAGGAUAUUGUGUUCUCGCGAGACCAGUCGGAUCUUGCGAGACACAUCGGAUCUCGCGAGUGCCACCAGAUCUCGUCACACCCCUACUCUUAAUUGUUUUUUUUCUUUCUCUUUAAUGUUGAUCUUUUACACAGAAACAUGUUUGUUUAUAUUCUUUAUGAAAAAAAGAUAUAUGUAACUGAACUGAUGUUCAAAAUUAUAAUUAGUGCUGUCCCUAUUGAUUAUUUUGGAAAUGGAGUACCAAACGUUUUCCAAUAAAACUGUGAAACACCAUUACUUGAGUCAAAAUUGUAUUUGUGUAGCAUUCCUUUGCAAAACAUACAGUAUAUAAUAUAUUGUAUUUUAAUGAUAAGUGUAUAUUACAGCUCACAUAUAGUGCAGGCUCUAUGUGGUGUCAUGUGCUUGUCAAAUUAGCACUUUAACUUGCAACUGUUAACAGCUUUACACAGCUGUUUAUGUUCAGAAAUAUGCGAGGAUGUGCUUUCUUGUCUGCAGGUGCACAUUGAAAAGAGAGAGAGAGGUGGCACCACUGAUGCACUUGUCCUGCUUCUGAAGAAAAAUAUUUACACAGAGUUGACAUUCUUGGUCUUUUGUUGUAGUGAACCAGGCGUCAGCCAUUUGGACCAGUACUCGACAUGGUUAAAUUCAUUUUGCUUGAUGAAGCUGGACAUAUCAAGUUAACAGACUUUGGACUCAGUAAGGAAUCUGUUGAUCAGGACCGAAAAGCGUACUCUUUUUGUGGCACUGUGGAAUAUAUGGCCCCUGAGGUGGUCAACAGGAGAGGUCACACCCAGAGUGCUGACUGGUGGUCUCUCGGAGUCCUGAUGUUUGAAAUGCUGACUGGCACAUUACCAUUUCAAGGAAAAGACAGGAAUGAGACUAUGAACAUGAUUCUCAAAGCAAAGCUGGGAAUGCCACAGUUUUUAAGUUUGGAAGCACAAAGUCUUUUACGAAUGCUCUUCAAAAGAAAUCCGACGAAUCGUUUAGGGGCAGGUCCUGAUCGAGUGGAAGAGAUUAAACGUCAUGCCUUUUUUUCCACCAUAGACUGGAAUAAAUUGUACCGAGGAGAACUUCAUCCACCAUUCAGACCUGCUGCAGGAAAACCAGACGACACGUUCUGCUUUGACCCAGAAUUCACAGCCAAAACUCCCAAAGACUCCCCUGGUAUUCCCCCCAGCGCGAAUGCUCACCAGCUAUUCAAAGGCUUCAGUUUUGUAGCUCCAGUCUCAUUGGAGGAAAGCAGAAGUGUUGCCCUCGUCAACAUCCUCCCAAUAGUGCAGAUGCACAGUAACUCUGCACAGUUCUCGGACAUGUAUGAGCUAAAGGAAGACAUUGGUGUGGGUUCUUACUCUAUUUGCAAGCGCUGCAUACACAGAGUCACUGCCAUGGAGUUUGCUGUGAAGAUAAUUGACAAAAGUAAACGAGACCCAUCAGAGGAGAUUGAGAUCCUGAUGCGGUAUGGACAACAUCCCAACAUCAUCACGCUAAAAGAUGUAUAUGACGAAGGCCGUUUUGUGUAUCUGGUGACUGAGCUAAUGAAGGGUGGUGAACUGCUGGAUAAGAUUCUCAGGCAGAAAUUCUUUUCGGAGCGAGAAGCCAGUGCUGUGUUGUACACCAUCACCAAAACUGUGGACUACCUGCACUGCCAAGGGGUGGUGCACAGAGAUCUAAAGCCCAGCAACAUUCUCUACAUGGACGAUUCAGGCAAUCCGGAUUCUAUACGCAUCUGUGACUUUGGCUUUGCUAAGCAGCUGAGAGGAGACAAUGGGCUGCUGCUGACACCCUGUUACACCGCCAACUUUGUUGCUCCUGAGGUACUGAUGCGUCAGGGGUAUGAUGCUGCCUGUGAUAUCUGGAGUCUUGGUGUUCUGCUGUACACCAUGCUGGCAGGGUACACCCCUUUUGCCAAUGGACCCAAUGACACCCCGGAAGAGAUCCUAUUACGCAUAGGCAGUGGAAAAUUCUCCCUUUCUGGAGGAAACUGGGAUUCCGUUUCAGACUCCUCAAAGGAUCUGUUGUCUCAUAUGUUGCAUGUGGACCCUCAUCAGCGAUACUCAGCGGAACAAGUACUAAAGCACAUGUGGAUUGCCUGCCGGGAACAAAACCCACACUUCCAGCUCACGCGCCAUGAAGCACCUCAUUUAGUUAAGGGAGCGAUGGCGGCCACCUACUCUGCACUGAAUUACAAAUCCUGUAAGCCAAUUCUCGAACCUGUAGCCGCCUCAAGUCUUGCUCAGCGCAGAAACAUGAAAAAGCUGACAUCUACAGAUAUGACGUGAACAAAAUAAUUUCCAGCUCACUGUGUCCCCCUCCAGAUGGCCCCACAUCCAUCUUAAUGUAUCACUAUAUUCCUCGAGUCCUAAUACACAAUGCUUCAGGGAGUAAGGAAACAAUUCAAACUGUUUUUGUUGUCUCUCUGGUAAAGUAAAAAAGCACCAGCUCUGUCCCUCAAGUGUUUUGCAUGUUGGAAUGUUCUUCCCUCUUCACUAAAUAAAACUGUGUGAAUGUUUGGGUGAGUCUUACAAGGUGUCUGUCAUAUUUUAGCCUAAGUUAAAGAGAAAUGUUAAAAAAAGUACAGUUAAGUAUAUUCACCCCCCCAUUCUCAUUACCGCUUUAUAUCGUAUCAUAUGGUAUUACUGUAUUGUACUCAUUAUUGUAUUACAGUAUUAAAAGGUCAGAUAAAGUUUAAUUAAUUGAAAUUUGAGCUUGAAUUGAAAUUCUCUAAAUAUCUUUGAAAAAUGACGUUGUUGCAUUACAAUAAUAAGAAUGCUUUGUUGCAUUUUUGUAGAUUUAUUUUAUGAACACAUGUUUUUUUUACAUUGAUUUGAUUUUGACAAUGCAACUGUGUUGUAUUACAGUGGGCUACUGCUAAGAAAAAGAAAUACUCCUAGCUUUCAAUAAACUAAUGUCACAAUGCAAGAAAUCGUAAUGGUGCCAGUUUUGAUUUUGGGGGAGAUGUGACCCAGGCAUUUCAUAAUCGUUUUCAGAAGAUUCACCCGUUAUUGAUUCAAGUCAGUUGGUGUCCUGUCAGAGGAAUCAUGCUAGUGUUACCUGGUUUAUGUCUAACAUGUCAAUCAGAAAAGUGCUUUGUGUUACAGUACAUGUUUCUAUAGCUUUAUGUAAAUAAAUCCUCUAUUGUGUUUGUGUGGAUCAAUGAGCACAUUUGCACUGAGGUCGUUGCUUCUGUGAAACGUUUCCUCUUUCUCUGUCUCAUUCUCUUGUCUCUAAACCAUUUUCUGACUUUUGUUGAAUAGAAAGUACAUGAGUGAACGGUAAAGAAAUAAAGUUAUAUUUAUAUAUUCUGAAGAGUUGAAUGAAUGUACAUAAGAUUGAAACCAUAAAUAGGGCUAGACGGGGAAGAUCUCUUUCCUCCAGAAAAGGGGAAAUAUUCCAUAAAAAUAUUUAAAGACAUUGUGGAAAUUGUAUUUAUUUCAUUUGUUUUUAAAAUAUUUUUCUUUCUAGUUAUUGUACAUAUUACUGACAUUAAAGAACAUUAUUG